UAAUUUCAACUACGCAAGCGAAGUGAACAAGUCUAAGAAUUUCCCACUGCGAAGUAACUACAGUCUAAGCGUAAACAUGAAGACAUUCUGCGGAUUUUCAUACUUCCUAACCAUCGCCGCUGUAUUAUUUGCCACCGGCACCAGAAACUUAGUACUGGCAGAAGAAAAAUGCCCUCAAAACCGUGGCAGCAGACUGUUCGACCAAGCUUUUGGCUUGGCACUCACGCCCGAUGACUUCUUAACAUCGAUGAUGGCACCUUGGCAGAUGCACGACUACUUCAGACCCUGGAGACACCUCUCGCGGCUCACCAAAGAUCUGGGAUCCACCAUCAAGACAGACAAGAAUAAGUUCCAAGUGAAUCUCGAUGUGCAGCACUUUUCUCCGGAUGAAAUAUCUGUGAAGACUGCUGAUGGCUACGUGGUUAUUGAGGCCAAGCAUGAAGAAAAGGAGGAUGAGCAUGGGUUCGUAUCGAGGCAGUUUGUGAGGAGAUACUCUCUUCCGGAAGGUACGGAAUCUGAGGAAGUGGUUUCUCAGCUGUCCAGCGAUGGUAUUCUCACGGUGUCCGCUCCUAGGAAAGUGGAGCCCGUGAAGGGUGAACGAGUGGUGCCCAUCACUCAAACGGGCCCAGUUCGUAGAGAGGCUAAAGAUAGUAAAGACGAUGCUGAAGUAACUAUUGAAUGUGACGACGGUGACCAAGAGUUCUGUACUAAACCGUAAUUUAAAUGUUGUAAUUUUUGUACUUAGUUUUUUUUUUAAUUGAAGACUGAUUGUAAUUUAGUUCUUAAAUAAAUUCUAAGAAAAUAUA